UGAUUGAUUCGUGUUAUUUACUCUCUGAACAUGCGCCUUGCUUAAUCAUCCUAAAGCCAACACGUUUCAAAUCUUCUUCCUUUUUUCCUCGCUCGAGCUGGUUUUCUUCAAUCUAAUUCGUUCGUUUACACCGAAAUUAGGGCAGUGCCUUUCCUGUCCUUGGAAAAUCGCGGGUAAUUGGUCUCCUGUACGUUUACUCACUGAGUUUCUAUUCCCGGCUUACCGAGUUGCCAACUCGUUCAUUCAGUCUGACUUAUAGUCGUCUCACGCGCCAAUGAAGAACGGUCUUGAGGUGUUCGACUUCAAGGAGGAGGACGAGAUUUCAGAAUUGGCAGCUGAUAAAUACUUGAGUAAAUUAAAAAGCCCUAAUUUCGAUGACGCCGCGACUCUCAAAUGUCAAUUUCUCGAAUGUGUUGCCCGUGGUGCUGCUGUUCAGAGAAAGGGAAUGGACAACAUUCCUUGUGUAGAUGUUGAUGCAAUUGAUGGUGAUUAUAGUUUUGAUGGUGCUACUCCAGCUGCCUCACUGGGGGCUGUUGAAAAGGAAUUUUCCAAGGAAGGAAAUACUGACCUGGAUGUUUCCCCAGAGUCAAAGUCCACAUGUUCUGAACAACAGCCAGACUUACAAAAUGAUAUCUAUGAGUUUGAGUUGAGAGAUUCAUUUUCUGAAGCACCUUCACCUGGGAAAAGACAAGUAAACGAUUCCCUUUCUAAUUCUCCUUUAACGAUUGAGCCAGUUGAUCUGGCUUCAGAUGCUAAUGAAAGCAUGAGUGAAAGAUCUCCAUCAAGUUCUGCUUCUGACGUAGCAGUGGAUAAUGUUUCUUUGAAUGGAAACAUGUUAGAUCAUUGCAUUGGCGAUAUCCCUGUGGAUAACAUAGAUGGGACAGUUAUAUGUUUGGAUUAUGUUCUAUAUCAAGAUAAUUGUUACAUAGGGGUAUCAGCCAUUUUUUCUCCUGAUGGCAUCAAAAUUGAGUGCUCAACUAUGAGUGACCACCAUGGGACCUUUAGUUUCGAAAGGGGCAUUGAUGAUAUUAUUAGCAUUCAUUGUCAGUGGUUUCAAAGGGUCGGAUAUAUGACAGUCAAUCUGAAAGUCCUAUCAAAGGGUGCCGCAGAGGCUGAGAGUGAAUGUAAAACUUCAGCUAUUGAGGAGUUAAAGUUUGCAGUUUUUGACCCCAGAUGGUGUGAGAAACAGGAAGCAAUCACCUCAUUAAAUGUUAAAUACCUAGCCUUGUGGAGUACUUUGUUUGAUCCACUGAUGGAAAUGGAUGGGGAUGAUUCACCAGUACGCAAGUCUUAUUUUCCCAAUUUUGAUGAGCCUUUUGAGGAGGUUAUAUAUCCGAAAGGUGAUUUUGAUGCUGUUUCCAUUAGCAAGAGAGAUUUUGAUCUGUUACAACCAGAGACAUUCAUCAAUGAUACGAUCAUUGACUUCUACACCAAGUAUUUGAAGAAUCAGAUACAGCCUGAGGAAAGUCAGAGGUUCCAUUUUUUUAACAGUUUUUUCUUUCGGAAACUUGCUGAUCUUGACAAAGAUCCAUCCAGUAUUUCAGAUGGAAGGGCUGCUUUCCUGCGAGUUCAUAAAUGGACUAGGAAAUUAGAUAUUUUUGGAAAAGAUUACAUCUUUAUUCCUGUAAAUUUCAACCUUCAUUGGAGUUUGCUAGUCAUAUGUCAUCUUGGGGAAGUGGCUAGAUUUAAAGAUGAAGACCUGGUCAAUUUAUCGAAGGUACCAUGCAUAUUGCACAUGGAUUCUAUCAGAGGAAACCAUGCAGGUCUUAAAAAUCUAGUCCAAAGUUACCUUUGGGAAGAGUGGAAAGAGAGGCACAAGGAGACAUCUGAAGAUCUUUCUUCAAAAUUCUUGAACCUUCGAUUUGUCUCGCUUGAGCUGCCACAGCAGGAGAAUUCAUUUGAUUGCGGCCUUUUCUUACUUCACUAUCUAGAGCUCUUUUUAGCUGAAGCUCCUCCUAACUUCAAUCCAUUCAAAAUAAACAAGUUCUCUAAAUUUCUUAAUUUGGAUUGGUUUCCACCUACUGAGGCAUCUCUAAAGCGUACUCUCAUCCAGAAGUUAAUUUUUGAACUCCUUGAAAUUCGUUCUCCGGAUAUCAGUUCAUCUCAUUGCAGUGAUGAGAAUAUUUUGUCUAAAUCUUCAGAAAAUAUUGAAAAUGAAAAUGGCGUGGAGUUGAUUACAGAGAGUUUCAGUCCAGAAGUAGCUUAUCAUGGGAAUUUGGAUUCCCAAGUGGGUCAAGGGAUUGAAAUGACUCUGUUAGCAUCAUCUUCUAUGAGAAACACGGGGAGUGUUAAUGAUUCUGGCCUGGUUCUCAGGGAAUUUUUUGAUCCAGGAGUUACAGCAGGGCCUUUGCUUGGGCAAUUUCAAUCUUUUGACCACCCUCCAUAUUACAAUCUCAAUGGGGCUAUAUCACCAACAGAGGAAGAAGGGCAAACGGGUCGGCCAUUUGCUUAUUUAGCUUCUGGAGAAACUGGUUUCCCACAGUUUUCUGUUAUCACACCUCAAGCUUGUGAAACUCCAUAUUCAUCAAGUGGUUUUGCCAUGGGCAGUACAUGGAAUCCUGGAAUUUCCAUGCAAGGAGAGCAUAAAGUUGACACAUCUUUUGAAACAUCUUCUGCCUCCAGUGAUGAUGAAGAAGAAGAUGUUGGGAUCAUCGAAUGUAAUCCAAGCCAGAUUAAAAUGGAUCGAAUUGAAAAGCUGGAUACAGAUCAGGAACAAUCUCAUCUAGUGGAAAAUGUAGAGUGUCAGAGGAAAGUUUUCAUGCCUGCCUCCAUUCGGGUGCUGGAGACAUCUAUCACUGAAGUUUAUGGAACUUCUGAGGACACCAUCAAGAUUUGCAUUAGCACUGAGAAUGCAGAGCUUUGCUCCAAAGAUGAUUUCCCUGUAUUGUUGCGUCAAAAUCUUGGUGCAGCAGUGAACCAGUUGGAUCAGGACCCUCAACUCAUUGAAAAGAAUGCUGAAAUGGUUCAGAACGAGGCCAGAGGUGACGAUGUGCGAACACUUGGUGAAGACCUUCCAUCUGAAGAUAAUCCAACACCAUCAUCCUAUAAAAGUCCCAAUCUGCUGUUGAACCAGUUGGAUCAGGAUUCUGAACGACUUAAAGAUAAGGAGGCUAGUGGUGAUGAUGUGCAAACAAUCAAUGAUGACAUUCCGUCUGAAGAUAAUUCAACUGUAUCCUCGCAUCAAAAUCCAAGUACAAUGUUGAACCAGUUGUAUCAUGAUUCAAACGUGGUUGAAAACAAGGAGACCAUUGACGAUGAUGUGCAAAUAACCAGCGAUGGCAUGUUGGCAGAACUAGCAGGGCAACCAGUAGCGAAAAGGAUGCGGUUUACGACUUCCUUUGAGGAGAAAGUGGACUCUUAGGGACCUGUCAAAGUGGAUUUUUUUGUUUGUUUCCGCCUUACUUUACUAGUAAUUCAAUCCUCAACCAUGUAUUUAUUUACGUACGUGUUGCAAUGCUGUGAAUAUUGUUGGUGGCUUUAUGUUGAUUUAUGACUAUUAGAAUGGGGCAGUAGAAGAUUCGUUUGUCCUUUUGGAUA